GUAUAUUUUUACUACUUACUGUAGCUAAAAUAUGAUUUUGGGGUUUCUUUUGUGUUGAACUCUUGAUUAAUACCAAUUUUGGUGAUAUUUGGUGAUUAAAAUUGAAGUUAGGUGUCUUGAGAUCUGUGUGAGCGAAGUUAGCCUUCACUCACCAGUUGUUGUCAGUUUGGUGAAACCCACCCAAUUCAUUCUUGUCCUUUAAGCUAAUUUAUUUCAAAUCCUUUUACUUUUCUACUCAAUUAUAUACCCACCAAGUGUUUGUAUCUUUUUAUAUACCUCUCUGUUGUCAUUAUUAACUAUUAAGUGAUAAGAAUGUAUAGUAACUUCUGUUUUUUAAUGAAGUAGCAUGUGUGACAGAGAAAAUCUGUCCUAAACGAUUUUGUAUGGUAUAGAACAUUCUCUAAAGUGUUUGCAAAAGCCCUUCUUAGAGAUGAUUAUGGUUCAUCCAGCUUCAUUUCAGGAAAAGGAUCGAAACAAUGUCGAAGAUUUCUGAUGAAUUAGUUAAGGUAUUGGUAUCCUUCUAUUAACUUAUACAUAGGUCUUAAUUUAUUUUGUUUGAAAUAUACUUUACUCUCUCUCUCUCUCUCUCUCUCUCUCUCUCUCUCUCUCUCUCCCCCCUUCUUUUCUUGUUCUUCUUAGCGCUUUCUUAAAAUAAAAUGUGAAUGUUAUUUAGAAUUUUAGCUUUUUCACAAAUGGUUAAUCUUACAUAUAAUCACAACUAGGGAUGCGAGAUAAUUUUUAAUUGUCUUAAAAUAUUCACAUAGCUUACAUUAUCUUUCUGAUGUAUUUGUGAUGUUCUGAUGUAUUUGAGAUUGUUUAUAUAUAGUGAUUUCUAGGGAUUUAUUUGUGAUGUUCUGAUGUACAUUAGCUUUCUGAUGUGUUUGCGAUCUAUUUAAUCUUACAUUAGCUUCUUGAUGUAUCUUUGAUGUGCUUUUUCUUUAAUCAUUUAAGGGUUAUAAAAUAAAAAUAACUGUUUGAGUUUUUUUGCUGCCAUGUAUUUUGGUUUCUUUCCUUCGUGCAUUAAAAGGUAGUACUAGGUGUUUGGUAAGGUUAAGUAUAUCUUUUCUUUACUUUAUUCUUGUGUAUUACAUAUCAAAAUAAUAAUAAUAUAUGUUUGUCUUUUUAAUUUUAAUAUUAACUAGGAAAAUGGAGAAUCUAGAGCAUGGUUGGAUGUAUGAGAGGUUGGAUGGACGAGGGGGUAUUAAUUCUUGUUUCAUAUCCGGUGUGGAUAAAUUUCUCCACUUUGCAUGUUUUCAACGAAAUCGCAUGAGUGGUGACAAUGUUAGAUGUCCUUGUAAAAAAUAUCACAAUAUUAAAUACAUGGAUGUUGAAACCGUUAGAUUACACCUUUUGCAAUUUGGAUUUGUUGAGAAUUAUUUUGCUUGGAUAUAUCAAGGGGAAAGAUGUUUAACUAAUGAGUUGUCUUCUAGUAGUAACUUGAAUAGUGGUGCUCAACCAGAAUUUAGAUAUGAGAAUCCAUACCGACGGAUGAUUCUUGAUAUAGCGGGGCCCAAUAUUAGCCAGGGUUCAAAUUGGCAAUCUGAUAGUAAUGUUGAACAUGAGUCAUCUCAUCCUUAUGAACAUUCAAUGGAGGGGGAGCCUAAUCCUGAAUCCCAGAAGUUCUAUGAUUUGCUACAGGCUGCCGAUGCAGAAUUGUAUCAUGGUUCUUCUCUCUCUCAACUUGAAGUAGUUUCUAGGACGUUAAACAUUAAAAUGGAGAAUUCUUUGUCACAUAGGGGUUAUGACCAAAUGAUGCAACUGUUUAAAGAGGUUUUACCUAAAGAUAACAUAGUGCUUGAUAACUGUUAUCAAAUUAAGAAACUAGUGCGUAGCUUGGGUUUGCCCAUUGAAAAGAUUGAUUGUUGUAAUUCAGGAUGCUGCAUGUUGUAUUGGGGUGAGGACGAAAACCUCACAUCUUAUAAAUUUUGUGGCUACGAGAGAUAUAAGCGUCGGGUCGGCUCUCGUAAGAGGAAAUUGGUGCCUUACAAGAAAAUGUAUUACUUUCCUUUGAUUCCUAGAUUGCGUAGAUUAUAUGCAUCCCAUGCUACAAUAACUGACAUGAGAUGGCAUCAUGAGCAUUUACAAGACGAGAGGGUAAUGAGUCAUCCAUCAGACUCUGUGGCUUGGAAGCACUUUAAUGAAACUCAUUCUUUUUUUGCUGAUGAACCAAGAAAUGUGAGGUUGGGGUUAUGUACUGAUGGUUUCCAACCAUUUGGUCAAUCUGGGAGGAAAUAUUCUUCGUGGCCUGUGAUUGUCACUCCAUACAAUUUACCUCCGUGUAUGUGUAUGAAUUUGGCAUAUAUAUUUUUAACUGUCAUUGUUCCUGAACCAACCAAUCCUAAGCGAAAAAUUGAUGUUUAUCUACAACCUCAAAGAACUAAUAUUGUUGUGGGAGGAGGGUGUAGAAGCAUUUGACAUCUCGAAAAAGCAAAAUUUUCAAUUAAGAGCAGCUUUGAUGCUGACAAUCAGUGACUUUCCAGCAUAUUCUAUGUUAUUAUGAUGGAGUACUGUGGGGAAGUUAGCAUGUCCUUACUCUAUGGAGGAAGCACAAUCUUUUAGAUUACAUCAUGGUGGGAAAAUAUCUUGGUUUAACAGUCAUAGAGUGUUUCUUAACCAAAAUCAUGCAUUAAGGAAAGAUCAUAAAAACUUUCUUAAAGGUCAGACCGUCAAAAGGCGACCACCAACCUUUAGAAUGGGAGAGGAAAUUUUGAACCAAAUUAGUGAAUUGGCGAUAAGGAAAGUGACAGAGAUGGAUGCAGAAGAAGUUAAUCGGAGAAUAUGUAAAUCUUGUGGAUGGAAAAAAAGUAUCUUUUGGGAUUUGCCUUAUUGGAGUUCCAACUUGAUUCGACAUAAUCUUGACGUCAUGCAUAUUGAAAAGAAUGUCUUUGAUAAUGUUUUUAACACAGUUCUUAAUGUUAAAGACAAUCCAAAAGCACGUCUAAAUAUGGUAGAAUACUGUGAUCGACCUCAGUUGGCAAAGAAUGCAAGUGGAAGCUAUCCCAAAGCUGCAUAUACAAUAGACAAGGCAGCAACAUAUAUCUUGUUUGAUUGGGUGAAAGGUUUGAUGUUUCCAGAUGGGUAUGUUUCAAAUUUGAGUCGAUGUCUAUACACUACCAAGUAUAGGUUAUUUGGCAUGAAAAGUCAUGAUUGCCAUGUGUUUAUGCAACGAUUAAUGUCUAUUGCCUUUCAUGAGCUACUUCCUAAUAAUGUGUGGCAAGCAGUUACAGAAUUAAGCUUAUUUUUUAAAGAUCUUUCUUCGAUCACUCUACGAGUUGCUGAAAUGGAGAGAUUAGAGGUAGACAUCCCACAAAUCUUGUGUAAGUUAGAACGUAUAUUUCCCCCUGGGUUCUUUAACUCAAUGGAACAUUUACCAGUGCACCUUCCAUAUGAAGCAGGGAUUGUUGGACCUGUACAAUACCGAUGGAUGUAUCCUUUCGAGAGUGCGGCCCGUAAUGAUGAUGGUGGUGUUAUGAAAGAUGUUGAAGGAAAUUUAUCAAUAUUCACCCAUCGAGGUCGACUAUGGGGAGAAGCAAAAAAGAGAAAUUUAUCCCUUGACGAAAUUAAGGCUGCCCAAACUUAUAUUCUACUAAAUUGUAAAGAAGUUGAGCCAUUUGUGAGUAUGUACGUGGAACGUUUGCAAGAAGAACUCCCGAAUCUAUCUCAAGAUCAAAUAGAUGAAAGCCUCCGAACAUAUUUCGCUGAAUGGUUCAAGGGAUAUGUUCAUUGCAAUCAUAGUGAGAAUGAAUUCUUGCGGAGUCUUGCUCAUGGACCAUUAAUAAGUGCGAAAUACCAUUCAAUGUAUUUUGUUAAUGGAUACAAAUUUCACACUGAUUGUCAUGGUAGUGCAAGAUCAACAAUGAAUAGUGGAGUUUGUAUCACAGAUCUAAAUGUUGGUGACUACUAUGGAAAGAUACAAGAUAUUAUACAAGUGGAAUACCGUGAAGAACCUUUAAAGUAAACUGUGUUAUUCAAAUGUGAAUGGUUUGACCCAACUAUUAUUGUUGGUGUUAAAAAGUAUAAUGAGUACAAAUUGGUCGAUGUUAACCAUCGUCGUCGAUUUAAGAAAUAUGAACCUUUUAUUCUUGCGAUGCAAGCAACUCAAGGGUGUUAUGUGUCUUAUCCUAGCAAGAAAAAGGACAAGGAUGAUUGGUUAUCUGUAUUAAAAGUCAAACCUCAGAAUAUUAUACAAUUACCCGAUGAGGAGGCGCCAACAAUUUCAGAACUGAACCUCCCGUUCCAAGUUGAUGAAGUUGAAGUCCAUGAUAGAAAUAUGAAUAUUGUCGUUGACGAAAGUAUACUCUUGCAUGAUCCAAAUGGGGAAUUAAUUGAAAUGGAUGAACCGUUUGAUGAUGGAUUAUUACCGGAGCAUCAUGAAACUGAAGAAGAGUAUGAAACUGAAGAAACUGAGGAGGAUGAGGAAGAGUUUGAAGAAGAAAUAGAUAGUGACUAGUGUGUUAACAAAAUUAUGCAACUAUAUCUCUUUGUAUUUUAUUUGUAGUAAUCUGUGUUGUAUGCUAUAACUUAUGUGCAAGAAUAUAUGUAUAUUUUUUGGUUGUCUUUAAUGUCCAAGUUUCUCAUUCAUUUUUUUAAAUCAUUGCUUAUUAUAAAACUGAAAGUCUAAAAUAAUUCUAUGAUUUUGCACGAAUUACUUAACUGUCUAUUCUUUUUUGGCAGGGUGAUAAUUCCAGUCUAGUGCAUUAGCUCGACUUUCACCUAUUGGCAUCAUUCUAAACUUCUACCAAUCUUUUUACGUUUUUGCUCUCCAACCACAAGUAUAAAAGUCACUUUAUAAGUUGUGUGUUUCUAUAAGAUUUUUAUUAUAUAGAGUAAUUUUCUAUAAGUCAUUGUAACCGAAUUUUAGAGUACAAAUAUUAGAGAGAAGAAAAUGAAAAACUUCAGUUUGAUUUUUAGUUUCUUUGAAAAAAGUAUUUUGAUGCAGAUUACAAAUUACCUUGAAAUGAGAUCAUGUUUAUACUUACAAAUGAAAUCAUGUUUAUUAUUUUUGAAUUGAAUUGAAACUUACAAAUUACCUUUUUGUUUUUUCUGUAUGCACUAUAACAGACACCAUGUACUGCUUGCUACUUUUUCAAUUUGUUUAUGACUAUUUUUUUGACAGAUAUGACUCGAGGCAGAGGUCGAGGUAGUGCAGGUCGUAUAAGCAAAUCCUCUGUUAUGGGUAAUUCAGCUACUCAUAGGAACAUUCCUACUAUUCCCAUUCCAAAAAUUAGUCAUCAACAAGGUGGUACGAGUUUCUCAAGUGGGCCAAGUCAUAUUAACCAAGUUCAAACAUUAGGUCCUAGUAGUACACCUCCAAUUCAAACAUCAGGUAAUAGUAGUACCCCACCUGUCUAUGUUGAACCAUAUCCGAUGACACCUAAUCAGAGCAACACAGUAGAUGAGGGUAUAUCACAGAAUAAUGCAAUAGGUGAGGGUAUAUCUACUCAAAGUAAUGCAAUAGGCGAAGGUGAUGCAACAGUAGUUUUGGCCAGCGGACUCUUGUUUUUCUUUCUUCUACAGGGUUAGAACCUUCUAGAUUAUGCUCUGAGUAUAUAUAUGAAAAUUUCAAGCAUAAACUUCAUCCAAAUGGAAUCAAUUGGAAAGGUGUCCCAAAAGAGAUAAAAGAAUUUUACUUUGGAGAAUUCAAGAAGGCAAUCUAUUGGGAUUCUUUGAUUGAUAGGGAAGUGAAGCGCCUAUGGGAAAGUAAGGCAGUGAGAAGGAAAAAUAUCAGCAAAUAUUACAGCAACAAACACAAACUCAAUCCGAUAUUGAUCAAUCUUUAGCAUUUUAUCAAGCCGUGGGAGGGGAAAAGAAGAGAAAAAUAUAUGGUCUUGGAUCUCAAGCAAAAUAUUUCUAUGGGCCGAAUCUUUGUGCCUCUUCUGGAUCUGAUGCUUCAUCAUCAGCAGCACCUCCGAAUGCUCAGUCAGCACCGAUGGCGAAUUUGGAUGAGUUAGUGAUGCGAUUAAUUCCUGCAUUGACUGAUCAUGUGGUUCCUGUACUGACUGAUCACAUGCUUCCUGUGUUGGUUGAGCGAGUAAGAAGAUUGAUAGCUUCACCAUCACAAGUGCAAGAUAAUCAUACCGAUCACCCAUCAGCUGUGGCACCUCCAGUUCCUCAUCAUACUACUAAUACUAACGAGGUUCAUGCAUCUCUUUCUGAUGAUGACCUCCACUCUCCAGUCUCUCAGUAGUUAACUAUUUUUAUUUAAACUUUAUUUUAGUAUUGUAGUUGUUUUGGAAUUAACGAGGUUCAUGCAUCGCUUUCUGAUGAUGACCUUCAAUCUCUAAUCUUCCAGCAAUUAACUAUUUUUGUUUGAACUUUAUUUUAGUAUUGUAAAUGUUUUAAACUUAAUUAUACAUUUGCAUUUUGGUAUCUA